UUUAAGAUCAACUCAUCAUAUGAGGCUGAACAUUUACUCGUUUUGGCUGAUAGGUUUGCUAUUGCGCCUGUUAGAGAAGAAUGUCUAAGAUAUUUUCGAUUGGAAUUGAAUCUUGAUAAUGUUUGGGGAAUUUGGGCUAUUUCUGAGAAAUAUUCAUGUGCAAAAACUUCAGCUACAUGUAAAGAUUAUGUUGCCUUGUAUCUUGAUGCACUUUUGGAAAAAGAAUCUACCUUACAUGCUAAUCCAAAUAUAUUAUGUCUCGCACUUGAAAAUGAUGAAGCCAAUGUCAGUUCUGAAGAGAAGAUAUAUGAAUUAGUAGUUAAAUGGGCAACAUAUUCACCAUCAAAGAAUUCAACAAAGGUGAUAAAAACAACCUUAGAAUCUACACCAUCCUUAUCCAAUAAUAAUAAUGAUAGUAAUGAAGAUAGUUCGACAAAUUCACAAGUUGAACCAAGUAGUAGUCAAACAAUUAAAAAUCAACCAAUCAAAUUAUUUAUGCCAUCAGAAUUACCAGAAAUUAUUGAAGCAACACCAGCAGCACCAAAAACUCAAAACACCACCAAUGACCAAUACGAUGAUAACAACAAAUGGGUUUAG